CGCACCUGUAAGUAUAGUGCGUCCGCGCAGGUUGAGCGAACGUGAGACGUCGGAGAAGGCCGUGUGCCGAGCACAGUUGUCGCCCAGUUACAACGGGAAGGCUCAAAAUCUGGGACUACAUAUAUGCGUCCAUUGUAUGUACUACAGCCGAAUAUCCGAGAAAGAAAACUGCGGGCGUCUCUUAAAGAGCAAGUUUCUUGCGAUACGCGAGUAUAACACUUGUUGUAGAUAUAACUUACAUGUUUAGAACCUAGGCUAUAUGGUCUUGCUUACGUGUGCCAUUGGUCAGCGGACGACGUUAUGCACGAGGUAGGAGACGUGGUGCGUGCUCUCGUGGCCACGCUGAUCGUUCGUGAUUGUGCGGUAGCCGCUCUGUCACUGAUGCACGAACAAGAUGAGAACAUUUGCAAGUCUGUGGAAAGCUUCUGCGGCAGCGCCAACUGUUCUGCGAGAAGUAACAUACAAUCUUUCGUUUGUGAAUGUGGAAAAUAUCAUUAUUUUAACGCCACUGCUCGGAAAUGCUAUCACAUCGCUUCGUGUCUCAUAAAUCCAUGUCAUCUUUCAAGUUGCGACGACAAUGACGGAAAAAGUGAAGCUCGUUGCGUUUGUGAAGAAGGUCCGCUUUUCACUAGUGACUGCAAGCCGAAAGCCACCUUCAUGGAAAAGUGUGCAUCCAUUGGCGGCCGGCUUAAAGCAUAUAGCGAUGGGAAUGGUCCCGUCAAAUGUGUCUGCCCUCGUGGAACUCUGCUUGACAAAGGAAUGUGCCAGUCCAUUGCCUGUUUGUUCCCAUACCUCACGUGCGGGGAAAUUUGUGCUGAUCCCAAGCUGAGAGAGGACUCUCGUUGCUGUCAAGGAUGGGAGGCCGGGAGUUGUAACGAGCCUCACGGUUCCGGACCCAACUGCGAACCAGGUACCAUAUGGAGCGUUACAAGCAACACUUGCAAGAAUGCCUGCAGUGCUGGUCUUGUAGAGCCGAUAUGUAAGCGUGGUUGUAAUGCUUUGGACGAAACCACAACAAACUACACAUGCCAGUGCUCAGAUGGCGAAGAACUGAGCGCAGACGGACUAUCGUGCAACAAGAAAGAAAGCUGCAGUGACGAAGAAAUUAAACAAUGUGCCGAGAGAGGACGCCAGUGCAUAUUUCGAGACUCAAAAGUCCAGUGCAGGUGCCCAGGAAGCACGUUAGACCAGGACGGCAGAUGUUCGGACAACUGCACUGUAGAAAAGAUGCGCGAAUGCGCUGGACCACUUAGUCGGUGUGUCAUCGAAGGUAACAAAGAGACGUGCGUAUGCCCUGAGCCGCUCCUGUGGAAUCAUACUUCCAAGCAGUGCAUUCCAGAGGAGCAGUUCCGGUAUGUUACAAAGUUCACACUGUACCAUGACACAUCGGAAGAAAAUGACGGAACCCAAGACCCUUGCCAAUGACCCAGAACUGACUGCAGUUGUUCAGAACGCUAUGAAAAACCUGUAUGGGCUUGACCUGGUCUACGCCAAUGUGACUAAGUGCAGCGAGGCGGUAACAGUGGAGCUGACUUUUCCGGAACGAGGCUCCUGGUGCCGUGCUGCGAAGGCUUCACCUUUGCGAAGAAAGGGCAGGAGCAACUGGCUGCCUCUUCCAGCCUUCCUUGCGAAUUUUCAAUGGAAGUGUUUCAGAUCCUGUUCCCGUCGACUUGUGCUUGGAGUACUUUCAAAACAUCUUCAAUACUUCCAAUGGCUUCUACUACUGCAGUAAGGAAGGAAUAGGGCGCUACGUGCUUCGUUGUGUCGACGGGAAGGUCACCCAGACAAUACGCCAAGGGUAUCUCGAACUUCAGUUAUGU